AUGAUGGCCCCGCUGCGGACCGCGUCGUCAGAGCGCCUCGUGUUGAUCCCGGCCACCCUCAAGAACAGCACGACUGGCUACAAGAACGUGAACUUCGACCGCCGCAAUAUGAAGUUCCAGGUGCAUGUGCGGGAUGGCGGCAAGCGUGUCCACCUCGGCUACUUCGACACCGCCGAAGAGGCGGCCAUCGCCUACGCUCAGUCAGAGUGCGGCCGUGCCGACGCCGCCAAGCUGCUGCAGCCCCGCCCCGCUCCCACUCCCGCUGGUGCCGAGGCGAUACGGCAGGCGGAGAGGGAGGGCCUCACCCUCACCACCAACAGCAGCAGCAACAGCGGCUACAAAGGCGUCUGCUACAACCCGAAGCAGCGAGGCAGCAAGAAUUCUUAA